AAUUUAUGUAGUUUUCGACGCGUAAAACAAAAACGCUUUGUUGUUGUUGAAUUUAUUAUUUAAUUAAGUCGCUAUAACAUAAUUUUAGGUCGUUUUAGCUUAAAAUAUUUUGGACAAGGUUGAACAGAUUUAUCGCAAGUUAAAAAUCAUGACUGAGAGAGGCGGAUUGUUUUCGAACGUUAUAGGAGAUGUCGUAGAACGACCAAAAACUUCAGGGCCUAAUGAAUUAAAGUCGAAACAGCGUCAUCCUGGUGGUUUUCCUAGUAUUCCAAAAGUGUUGCCUAAACGCCAUACGAAUUCUAUGAGCACUUUUAAAGAGAGACAGACGCGAAAUAAAAAAGCAAGUCCAAAAGAAGAAGAAAGAGGGUACUCUGACGCUCAAGGGAUUGAUGAUGAAAACCGUGUUCGAUUGGAUCGAAUGGACGAAAUGGAAAUUUUAGAAGCACAGAGUGAAGUACGAUCUACGAUCCGAGAAGAUUUAUUAGACAUGUUAUUAAAUAGGUAUAAAAAGAAGGUGGAGAAGGAAGCUUCUUUACAAUCUAGCUCCUCUAACCUAACGGGUCAAAGUACGGAUACUUAUGUACCUUCUCGUUUUCGAUCAACAAACUUGGAUCACUCAAAUUCCAAUUUAGAAAGUGUACUUUCAUCGGAUGUUGUUGAAAGCUCUUCUUCAAGCAAUGCUUCUCCGUCAAAUGGUGAGAAAGUUGGAAAGUUAAAGACAGGAAAGAAUGUUACCUUUGGAAAUGCUCCAAUUAAGCGUGAACGUAACAAAUCUGCAUCGCUUUUAGAAAAACAGAUUCAGUCUAACUUAGAAAAAAAGACUAAUGAAACAAAUAUGAAAUCAGGCGAGGAGGUUGGCUCCAGCAAUGCUCCUUUAGAACCAGGGCUAAACGUUCAUCUUCCAGAGAAGCGAGUCGAACUGGAUCCUAAUGACUCUGAUUUUUAUGAGCAGUUACACGAAAAAUAUUUCCCCAACCUGCCUGUAGAUGAAAAACAAAUGCAAUGGUUAAAAGACCCGAGUGAGGAAGAAAAUACAUACAAUCCCGAGGCAGAGGGUGUCCAUGCACAUCAAAUCCGCUUUGGUUUUCGCGGAGAAAUUAUUCCUCCUGGUAAAAGUCACAAAGUCCCCGUUACAGAAGGCCUUCAUCAUCAUGGAGAUGCUCCUUCAAGUGCUGGAUAUACGUUGGUAGAAUUAGCCCAUUUGUUGCGAUCACAGUUCCCGACACAGCGCUGCAUCGCUAUUCAAACUGUAGGCCGUAUCUUGUAUCGACUGAAUUCAGGAGAGUUUGGCGAUAUUGUUUCACCUGAAUUACACACUUUGGUUGAGGACACAAAUAUACUUGAUCUUUUAAUAGCAGCAUCUGGUGAGAAUGUACGCCAUAUGACGGUUCGCUCGUUAGCCAUUGAGGCUUUAUGGUUAACCUCGCAGAGUCAGCAUGGGUCAACAAGACAAGCCCUGUAAUUCUGGAUAAUUUUGGUCAACGGAGAGGAAUAUGCGAGAUUCUGGAUGUUUUGCUUUUCUUACUGCUUAUGUUUUUGAGUAAUGAUUUUUAAAGGGACGGAAUUUUUAAAAGAUUGUAAUAUUUAAUUGAUUCAAUUUUUGUUGUUUUAUCUAAGGACGAAGUAUUAAUCUA